AUGUCGCAGAUCCGGGCUUUCAUUGUCUACGUCCACGGAUGCCCAGGCUUCCUCAACGCCGCGAUAUGCGUCGAGCUGAGCCAGCUCAUCGACCACUCACGAGUCAUAAAAAUGGGCGUCAAUCCAAACAAUCGCACCCUUAGGGCUAGGCUCAGCUCUUCAUCCAUGUCCAUUGAUAGGGAGACAUUGUUGUAUCUGCGCUCUGUCCUAGCCGAUACGCUCCGAGACUCGAAUCAAGCAACGCGCCGCUCAUGGAUCUUUUCAGACUUCCGAGGCGCAACGAGCACUCACAACACUUUACCUGUCGAAGAUUACGAGAAUGCCGCUGACAAGGUGGAUUUGCCAUUCAUUCACGUCAUUCUGCGCUGCAAUUCGCGGAAAUUGAGAAGCCUAUCCGUAGUUGGGGAGAGUCUCCGGAACGUCAAUGCCGUUGACUUUGCAGUUUUCGAGUCGAUCCGAAAGAGAGAGGAGAUUCGGGCAACGGGAAAGGCGAAUGAGCUAGAGCUGGAUAUUUCGGAUUUAGAUCAAGCAGAGGCGGCAGGGAAAAUAUUCGAGCGAAUACCCAAGAUAUUGGAAUUGUAUGAGUAG